CCGAGAGGCGCCGCGGGCCCUGUGAAGAACCCCACUCCGACCGCAGUCUCUGGACGGAUGCCACAAUGUUCUGCUCAGCGCAUACGUACAAUGGGUCCCGUGGAAUAGAUUCACGGCUCGCAUCAUGUUGACACCGGACGCGCAGGGACAACCUGAGCCUUCCUUCGGCCACCACCGGAAGCCUGCGUCUUUCUCAGCCAGCAGCUCGCUGCGGCGUAACAGUGCGGUCCGCGUACAGUCUGCAAGAUGAACGCCGUCCUGUGUUUCCUCCUGUGCUGGGCACCACUCCGACUACAGGCUGCACAGCCCACUGGAGAUGUGUACGUGCGGAACCCAAAGGAGUCGAACUUCUACAUGGACCGCAUCCUGCUGACAGACAUGAUUGCGCAAGUGCGCUUCCUAGACCUGGACCCGUUCCAUCUUCCGCCGUUCGAGACUGAUUUUAAGGACAGCAUCCUGGGAAUUCCCAUCCGCGGCCACGCAAAGUUCGUAAACGGCACGCUACGUGGUCUGUCGCGCGUCAACCGCUUCGGCGACUGCACGGCUCCCGGCUGGCUUAACGGCAACAUUACGGUCACAUGCAACCUGUUAAUCGAUGAUCUGGACAUCAUAUACGACGCGCGCGUCAAGUACGGCAUGGUGCCCGAACUGCGCGUGCGCGUCGAGUCGCGAGUGGGCACGUGCUACGCGCACAUGGAGGCCACCGCAGCGCCAGGGAAACCGGCCGUGCUGCGCUCCUUCCAGAUUACGGGUCUCGGUGACCUCGAUACCAAGUGGUCGGGUCUCGGACCUCUGAACCCCUACCUGCGUAGCAUCAACGAAGGCUACCGCGCUAACAUCGCUGGUGUCGUCUACAGUACUUUCUACAGCAGUUACAAGGUUGCCCUGGACCGCUCUCUGUCGCACGAGCCUAUUCCUAAACCUUGAAGCAGGAAACUUUCUCUGAAAGCAGAUGUCAUGCUUGCAAACUGAAAUCACGGGAUGGCUGCCCUGCUAUAAUUGCAUGUGUGAACAUUAAAACUGCCUCGAAGUUUGGAUUACCAAUAAAUUUUUCUGUAU